CCUUACCAUAAUUAGUGUUAGGGCUUAUCUCUACUAAAACUAUGGUCUGAAUGUCACAGCAACUUAGCCCUUCACUGAGCCAUACCACUAACAUGGAGGACACGCGUUACUUUGAAUUUGAUGUAUAAAUAAUGACAAAAUGGCAGUAAAUAUGGUGUCGUGUGUGUGGAGAUCUUUAACAACCUUUCGUGUUCUCGGUGUUUCUGUUUUGAAGAGCAAUUCCAGACUAUUUCACCAGUCGCCUUAUACAGUGACUAUUCCGGAUUGUUCCGUGUCGGAAUACCUACUGCAGGGAUUUACCAAAUAUGGAAAUUAUACUGCUCUUAUAGAUGGGAAAACCGGAAAUAAAACAACAUUUGAUGACCUUGAAGGUCAGAUAGCUAGAACCACGGCUGGAUUCCAAAGUAUCGGACUGACCAAAUCGGAAGUAGUAUGUUUGUUUGGCAGCAACGCCGUAGAAUUUGUCCAUACCUUAUGUGGCGUAACGUCUGCAGGGGGAGUAUUGACCAUUGCCAACUCCCAACUCACGUCUGUGGAAUUGUCACACCAGCUCCUGGAAACCGGCACCCGAUAUAUCGUCACUACACCCGACUGUGCUCCACGGGCCAGGGGCGCCGCUACAAUCUGCCCUAACAUCCGGGACAUAAUAGUGAUAGGCGAAGCCGAGGGUUGUCGCUCUUUCUCCUCGAUUCAGACAGUAGGCGAACAGGUGAAAAGCGUGGCUGUCGACCCCAGAGAAGAUAUAGCGCUGAUGCCCUACUCCAGUGGGACUACGGGUCUCCCCAAGGGAGUUCAGCUUACCCAUCACAACCUCGUAUCACAGCUGUCACAGCUAAGGCACAAAACCAUACUUCCGUUCGUUGCCGGAAGUGACGUAUCUAUAAAUCCGUUACCAAUGGUACACAUAGCAGGGAUGAUGAUAGGGUUGUUAAACCCUCUAUCGCAAGGCGCAUGCGUUGUGACCCUACCGAGAUUCGAACCCGAGCCAUAUUUAUCAGCUAUAGAGACUUACAGGGGAACAUUUUCCUUGAUAGCUCCUCCUCUGGUGACUUUUUUUGCCAAGCACCCCCUGGUGGACAAGUAUGACCUGUCAAGUCUGCAAUCUCCCUACUCAGGAGCGGCCACCCUGUCACGUGCUCUGACAGAACAAAUGGCAGAGAGACUAAACAUUACCAGCAUCAGGCAGGGGUAUGGUAUGUCUGAAACAACUGGGGCUACACACACGGAUCCCAUAGAUGGCUGGAAGUAUGGCUCAAUAGGAAAGCCAGUCCCGAACACACAGUGCAAGAUUGUAUGUCUGGAGACUGGUGACUCCCUGGGAGCUGGUGAGAUGGGAGAGAUCAUGUGUAAGGGGCCACAGGUUAUGAAGGGCUACCUUAAUAACAUGACUGCCACCAACGAAACUAUAACAGAAGACUGCUGGAUAAAAACAGGUGAUAUCGGGUACUUCGACAGUGAUGGCCACUACUUUGUGGUUGACAGGCUGAAAGAUAUCAUUAAAUACAAAGGCUACCAGAUCUCCCCGACAUACCUGGAAUCCAUUCUGACGUCACAUCCGGCGGUAAUGGAGGCAGCAAUCGUUGGUAUACCAUGUGAUGAAAUGGGAGAGGUACCUCGGGCGUAUGUGGUUAAAAAGUCAUCUGUUUCGGCUGAAGAACUGAUCAAACUUGUCAAUGAUCAGGUGUCGCCUUUCAAAAGGCUACGUGGAGGGCUUGAAUUCGUAAAGGAAAUUCCAAAGUUGCCUAGUGGUAAAACUUUACGACGAAAAAUGAAAGAAGACACAUGGAAGUUGGAAAGAGACACACAAAAGAUAAACAUGUAAAGACAAUUAAAACAAUGGAUAAAGGCAUGAUACGGCUCAUCACUAUGACAACACAAAGCAAACAAAUGUUUGAUUAAAGUGAAGAAAUGAUAAAUGUCAGACUGGAAUAGGGAUAUCUCUAGCCAGAUCAUCCAAGCAUGACUAUGUAACAUCUUUUAUUGUAAUAAUACAUUGUAUAUAAAGCAUCAAUAUAUUUUUUCUUGUUA